AAAUUAAAUAAAACAAUAUUUCUUUAAAUCUUUUCUUAAACUGUAUUUUAAAUUAAUAAUAAAAAACAAUUUGUGUUGUAAAAAUUAUCAAAAUGUUGAUCUAAAUUAUUUUUUGGACUAUUUUGAAAUCGGAUCAAAAUGGGAUAUUAAAGAAUUUUACAGAUUUGAAAAAUACAUACGUACAUAUCUACACUUUUAUUUGUUUUAUAAAAUCGUUACAUUAAAUGGAAAAUCGCUCAGUAGUUAACAUUGUUUUGCGCGCAAAGUUUAAUUUACGAUGAAUUCUUUGUCGGAGUAUGUAAAAAACUAUUUAAUUGUUACAAACUCAUCGGAUUAUUUACCACAUCUAUACAAGUUGUGCUUGGAAAAAGCUAAAAAUGGUCGGCUGAUUGUAAUCAUCACUUCACAGUUGUAUGACUUUUCCAAUUUAUUGCUAGAACUAGAUAUUAACAAAGAUCUACUGAAAAACUUAAUUAUAAUGUAUUACCAAACAAUUGAUGAGAUUUCUCGCAAAUUAUUGCUACUGCACAGUUGGUCUCUAUUGCCAUCUUUGGUUGCGGUCGAUUUGUCGCAAUUAUUAAUUGCACAAUCUGCUGCUAGUCUUUCUCCCGCUUCCAUUAUGCAAAAGGUAACCCUUUGUACCGUCUCCUUGUUGACAUAUUUGCAGUCCGUAGCUGCGCAAUUGCCCAAAUGUUUGGAUGAUGGGACCCUUUUGCGUAGCAUUACAGGUUUGUUGAUUUUACGCUCGGAUGUGGAAAAUUUUGGUAAUACUCAAAUACAGACCUUGAAAGAUCUGUAUUUUUAUAAAACGGAAAUGUUUCAAGAUUUUGCUGAUGUCGCCUACAAAAUUGAGGAGAAUUGGUGAAAUAAAAGCAUACAUUUUUUAAAACAUAUUAAAUUCCACAACUAUUUGUGUGUGGAACCACAGUUAUUUUUACAAGCCCGAUAUGUGUAUUCACCGUACGGCUAUAUAUACCCAUCUUGUUAUUAAGUGCUAAUAUCCAACAGAACCAUCCAAUACUUUGUACUAUUAAUUAAAUUUUGUUUUCAAUAAAUCAAA